AUGCCACCACGCAGCUUCACCAACCCAUCCCCCAAAACGGAAUCCGCCCGCAACGCCCUGACCUCCUUCACCUGCACGCUCUGCAGCAAAUCCUACUCGCGCCACCCGGAAUAUGAAGCGCACAUCGGCUCCUACGACCACCAGCACCGCAAGCGCCUGCGGGAUCUGAAGCAGCUGUCGCGCGAUCCGCAGGCGGCGGAGAGGGCGCGUCGGGAGGAGAGGAGGCGGGAUGAGGAGGCGGGUAUUGUGAGGGUUGAGGUUGGUGGAGGGACGGCGAAGGUAGGAGGGGGAGGGGGGUUCAAGAAAGGCGGGUUUAAGAGUUCGUUUACGGCUGUCGGGGUUGGGGCGGGGGUGGGGAAGGGGAAGAGGAAUCCGUUGGGCGAUGAUGCCGACGACGACGGCGACGAUGACAAGAACGAGAACGAGGGGGAGGGAGGGGGGCGGGGGGGGACGGAGGUGAAGAGGAGUGCUGCUGAUGCUGCCGCUGCUAAUUCUAAUACAGGCGAAUCGUUGGCUGCGGGGCGUGGGGAUGUAGAUGCGGAGAGUGAGACGGAUGAGGAUGAGGAGGGCGGUGGGUAUUAUGAUCCGAGGAAGCCGACUGGGUGUUUUGAGGGAUGUGCUGGGGUGGGGAUUGUCCCGGUUGCAUGA